UAAAAGCCAUUUUCCUGUAGUAGUAGGACUGAGAGGAGGUUGAGCAGCUUUUUACAGCAGUGGCCUGGCAUUCAAAGAUGUCACAAAUAUGGCUGUUGUGUUGGCUUACAAUAAUAACUGGACUGCAGUCAACGCAACAAACAGAAAUGAUGACGGCGACGAUGAUACCAGUGACUAUGCAGACAAAAAUGGAGGUGAUCGUUAGCAAUGCCAUAGGUGCUACUCAUAAUGGACAGGUCUGCAGUACUUGGGGAAACUUCCACUUCUCCACAUUUGAUGGCAAUUUCUUCCAGCUUCCCUACACCUGUAACUACAUACUUACCACCAUGUGUGACAGCACUCUGUCUGACUUUAACAUCCAAAUGAGGAGGAAAUACAUUGAUAACCUUCCUGUAAUUAGCUCUUUUACCAUAAAGCUGGAAGGGAUAGUAAUUCUGCUUCGCAAAGGCAACAUUACCAUGAACGAUAAAGCAUUGAUCAUCCCAGGCUAUUAUAAUGGAAUUAGGAUUGAGAAAAUGACCAAUUACAUUAAAAUCACCUCCAAGAUAGGACUGACCGUGUUUUGGGAUGAAGACAACUCUCUCUCGAUUGAGAUCUCCACAAACUAUAGGAAUCAAACAUGUGGACUUUGCGGGGACUUCAAUGGCAUCCUGCAGAAUGAGUUCACUGAAAAUGGUCAACUAUUAGUUCCAGAAGAAUUUGGCCUUAAAUGGAAGAUGGAUGCACCCACUGAAACAUGUCUGCAGACUCCGCUCAAUCGCCAGGACCAGUGCCAGAAACAGACAAACAAAUGUGAAGAACUGCUUUACCACCCCGCAUUCAAAAGCUGCCAUAAAUUGCUGCCCACAAGUGUGUAUUUGGAAGCAUGUCAUAAAGACCUGUGUCAGUGCAACAGCAGUCAGAAUACUUGCCUAUGUGACACAAUAUCAGAGUUCUCACGUCAGUGUGCGCAUGCUGGGGGCAAACCAGGGAACUGGAGAUCCAACGAGUUCUGUGGAAUAAAGUGUCCAUCAAGCAUGGUGCACAGUGAGUGUGGAAGUCCAUGUACAGACACCUGCUCUAACCAGGAGGGGACCCAAAUCUGUGCAGAUCACUGUGUGGAUGGAUGUGUCUGUCCACCUGGAACUGUGCUAGAUGACAUUGAGAACACUGGCUGCAUCUCUGUUGAUGAAUGCCCCUGUACUCACAAUGGCAAAACCUAUCAACCAGGAAAAUCCUUUAAGAGGACUUGUCAAGAAUGUGUCUGUUCAAAAGGGCGGUGGAAUUGCAUUACUCUGGACUGCCCUGGCACCUGCUCUUUGCUGGGAGGGUCUCAUGUUAUCACAUAUGAUGGCAAAUCUUACAGCUUCCAUGGAAACUGCGAUUAUGUUCUUUCCAAGCAUAACAAUAGUGAUGUGACUGUGUUGGUGCAUCUGGCACAGUGUGGUCUGACACAGAGUGAAACAUGUCUGACUUCUGUGAAGUUCAUCGUCUCAAAAUACACUGUUACUAUCACAGCCAGUGGCAAUGUACUUAUAAAUGAAGUUGCAACCAAGCUUCCAAUUUUUACUGGUCAAGUGACAAUCUUCAAGCCUUCUACAUUCUUUAUUAUUGCGCAGACACCUAGUAUUCAGAUUGUCAUUCAGCUCGUUCCAGUUAUGCAGGUGUACUUGGAAGUCAGCUCAGAACAAAAGGGAACACUGAGCGGUCUGUGCGGGAACUUUAAUGACAUGCAGAGAGAUGAUUUUAAGACAGAAUCAGGUCUCAUAGAGGGGACUGCCACAACAUUCGCCAGCACAUGGAAGGCCAUGCUAUGUCAAGAUUUGAGUACUAGUUUCUCUGACCCCUGUAGUAUGAGUGUGCAAAAAGAGAAGUAUGCCAAAGAAUGGUGUGAGAUGCUCAGUAAUCCAGCAGGACCUUUUUCUCCCUGUCAUUUUGAACUCAACCCGAAGGAUUACGUACAGAGAUGCAUAUAUGAUGCAUGUGCCUGUGCCCAAAGUGAGGAGUGCAUGUGUGCUGCUGUGUCUUCCUAUGUUCAUGCAUGUGCUGCCAGAGGAGUAAAGCUGACAGGUUGGAGAGGUAACAUGUGCAACACAUUCACAAAGAAUUGUCCAGGCAAUAUGAAGUACUCCUAUAACCAGACCAGCUGUAGGAAGACCUGCCGCUCUCUAAGUGAAAACGACCGUACCUGCUUUUUGUCCCAUACACCUGUGGAUGGUUGUGGCUGUCCCGAGAACACUUACCUCAAUGACAUGAAUGUGUGUGUGCCUUCCUCCGACUGUCCCUGUUACGUCAACAAUGAGGUUGUGGCCCCCAUGCAGGUCAUCAGCCAGGCUGGAGCUACAUGCACUUGCAGAGAUGGCACACUACACUGCACUGGACAUAAGGAAAUUACUACCUGCACAGCUCCUAUGGUCUACUUCAACUGUUUGGAUGCUGAACCUGGACAAAAAGGAACAGAGUGCCAGAAAAGCUGCCAGACCUCGGACUCAAAUCAGUGUACAAGCACACAGUGUGUAUCAGGGUGUGUAUGUCCUGAUGGUCUACUGGCUGAUGGGCAAGGAGGGUGUGUGAAAGAAGAGCACUGUCCAUGUGUUCAUAAUGGAGUGUUUUACAAACCUGGAAAGACUGUAAAUGCAGACUGCAACAGCUGCACUUGUCAAAACAGAAAGUGGAUCUGCACAAAAAAGGAAUGUCACAGAAUGUGUACUAUUUACGGUGACAGUCAUUACGUUAGUUUUGAUGGUAGGAGAUAUACUUUCAACGGCAACUGUGAAUAUACCCUGGCCCAGGACUACUGCGGCAACAGCAACAGUGGUUCAUUCCGCAUCAUCACAGAAAAUAUCCCCUGUGGCACCACUGGAACCACUUGCUCCAAAUCUAUUAAAAUCUUUUUGGGGAACAAACAGUUGCUACUGUCAGAGGAGAAUAUAAAAUCUGUGCAUCAUGAUAAUGGCACAGAGAUCCCUUAUAAAAUACAUUCUGUGGGGAUAUACUUGGUUAUUGAGGCUGAAAAUAGUCUCAUCAUGUUUUGGGAUAAGAAGACAAGUCUAAUGGUCAAACUCGGGCCCUCAUUUAAGGGCAAAGUGUGCGGACUUUGUGGCAAUUAUGAUGGAGACUGGAAUAAUGAUUUUAUGACUCGUGGUGGUGAGGAAGUGGCUCAGCCAACUGAAUUUGGAAACAGCUGGAGAGUUUCUGCUACAUGCCCCGAAGCCAGUAUCUUCAGCCCCUGCAGUAUGAGACCUUACCGGCAGGCCUGGGCCAUAAAACAAUGCAGCAUUCUCAAGAGUGAUGUCUUUAGAACGUGUCACUCAGUAGUGGACCCAACUCAAUAUUACGAUGCCUGUGUGCAAGACACAUGUGCCUGUGAUGCUGGUGGAGACUGUGAGUGUUUCUGCACUGCAGUGGCAGCGUAUGCUGCAGCAUGCAGUAGGCAAGAAGUCUGCAUAUUGUGGCGGAGCCCAACCAUUUGCCCAUUGUUCUGUGACUACUAUAACUCAAAUGAAGGCUGUGAGUGGCACUACAAACCCUGUGGACAGUCCUGCAUGAAAACCUGCAGGAACCCCACAGGAGUCUGCUACAGUGAAAUUCCUCCAUUAGAGGGAUGUUUUCCUCAGUGCCCUUCAGACAGGCCAUACCUGGAGGAGGCAACAAUGAAGUGUGUUGCAAGAAAAGAAUGUGGCUGCUAUGAUGAUAGUACACACUACAAUGAUGGAGAUAAUAUUCCUACAACCAGGAACUGCAUGAAAUGCUAUUGUUCGGCACAAGGUCCUUCUUGUUACUACAGCGAAACAGAUUGCUACUGUGAGUAUAAAGGGCAGAGAUAUGAAACUGGAAAGAUAAUAUACCACACAACGGAUGGAGAUGGAACAUGCAUCACUGCUAUAUGUGGGCAAAAUGGAACAAUUGUCAGGAACAUGAGCUUAUGCCCUACUACCACUACUGCUCCUUCUACUGUCACAAUUUUUAAUUUCACAUCAACAACACUUAUACCAGAAACUACUACUCCUACAACAACAGAGACAACUGAGUCAACAUCAGUAACAACAAAAAUCACAACUGCAUCAACUUCAGCACCAAUGAGCUCAACACCAACCGCUACAAUAACUACUGUAAUUCCACCAACCACGACAGUUUCUACACCAAGCACAAGUCCAUCAACUACAACACCACCUAUUUGCCAGCCUUGCCAUUGGUCAGAGUGGUUAAACAAAGACUAUCCCCUUAGUACACCUAAUGGAAAAGACAUUGAAUCUAUACCUACAUUUUGGAAAUCAGGAAACAUAAGUUGUGAGAAACCAAAAGAAAUUGAGUGCAGGGCCACAGAAUAUAAAGACCAGCCUUUAUCAGCCUUGGGUCAGAGCGUAACAUGUAACGUUGAUGUUGGUCUGAUUUGUAAUAACAAAGACCAAGAUGAAGGGCAUUGUUUCGAUUAUGAAAUACGGGUGAAAUGCUGCUCUGAUGAAAUCUGCACUUCAACUACACCAAAAACAAGCACAACCACAAUACCAUCUGUUUCUACAACAACAACAAUACUGACCACUACAAUAACUACAGUAAUUCCAUCAACCACGACAGAAACAGUUUCUACACCAACAGUGGAAACAUCAAGCACGACCACAGAACCAUCUGUUUCUUCAACAACAAUACCGACCACUACAAUAACUACUGUCAUUCCAUCAACUACGACAGAAACAGUUUCUACACCAACAGUGGAAACAUCGAGUACAACCACAGAACCAUCUGUUUCCUCAACAACAAUACCGACCACUACAAUAACUACUGUCAUUCCAUCAACCACGACAGAAACAGUUUCUACACCAACAGUGGAAACAUCAAGCACGACCACAGAACCAUCUGUUCCUUCAACAACAAUACCAACCACUACAAUAACUACUGUAGUUCCAUCAACCACGACAGAAACAGUUUCUACACCAAUAGUGGAAACAUCAAGCACGACCACAGAACCAUCUGUUUCUUCAACAACAAUACCAACCACUACAAUAACUACUGUAAUUCCAUCAACCACGACAGAAACAGUUUCUACAACAACAGUGGAAACAUCAAGCACGACCACAGAACCAUCUGUUUCUUCAACAACAAUACCGACCACUACAAUAACUACUGUAAUUCCACCAACCACGACAGAAACAGUUUCUACACCAACUGUGGAAACAUCAAGCACGACCACAGAACCAUCUGUUUCUUCAACAACAAUACCGACCACGACAAUAACUACUGUCAUUUCACCAACCACGACAGUUUCUACACCAAGCACAAGUCCAUCAACUACAACACCACCUAUUUGCCAGCCUUGCCAUUGGUCAGAGUGGUUAAACAAAGACUAUCCCCUUAGUACACCUAAUGGAAAAGACAUUGAAUCUAUACCUACAUUUUGGAAAUCAGGAAACAUAAGUUGUGAGAAACCAAAAGAAAUUGAGUGCAGGGCCACAGAAUAUAAAGACCAGCCUUUAUCAGCCUUGGGUCAGAGCGUAACAUGUAACGUUGAUGUUGGUCUGAUUUGUAAUAACAAAGACCAAGAUGAAGGGCAUUGUUUCGAUUAUGAAAUACGGGUGAAAUGCUGCUCUGAUGAAAUCUGCACUUCAACUACACCAAAAACAAGCACAACCACAAUACCAUCUGUUUCUACAACAACAACAAUACUGACCACUACAAUAACUACAGUAAUUCCAUCAACCACGACAGAAACAGUUUCUACACCAACAGUGGAAACAUCAAGCACGACCACAGAACCAUCUGUUCCUUCAACAACAAUACCAACCACUACAAUAACUACUGUAGUUCCAUCAACCACGACAGAAACAGUUUCUACACCAAUAGUGGAAACAUCAAGCACGACCACAGAACCAUCUGUUUCUUCAACAACAAUACCAACCACUACAAUAACUACUGUAAUUCCAUCAACCACGACAGAAACAGUUUCUACAACAACAGUGGAAACAUCAAGCACGACCACAGAACCAUCUGUUUCUUCAACAACAAUACCGACCACUACAAUAACUACUGUAAUUCCACCAACCACGACAGAAACAGUUUCUACACCAACUGUGGAAACAUCAAGCACGACCACAGAACCAUCUGUUUCUUCAACAACAAUACCGACCACGACAAUAACUACUGUCAUUUCACCAACCACGACAGUUUCUACACCAAGCACAAGUCCAUCAACUACAACACCACCUAUUUGCCAGCCUUGCCAUUGGUCAGAGUGGUUAAACAAAGACUAUCCCCUUAGUACACCUAAUGGAAAAGACAUUGAAUCUAUACCUACAUUUUGGAAAUCAGGAAACAUAAGUUGUGAGAAACCAAAAGAAAUUGAGUGCAGGGCCACAGAAUAUAAAGACCAGCCUUUAUCAGCCUUGGGUCAGAGCGUAACAUGUAACGUUGAUGUUGGUCUGAUUUGUAAUAACAAAGACCAAGAUGAAGGGCAUUGUUUCGAUUAUGAAAUACGGGUGAAAUGCUGCUCUGAUGAAAUCUGCACUUCAACUACACCAAAAACAAGCACAACCACAAUACCAUCUGUUUCUACAACAACAACAAUACUGACCACUACAAUAACUACAGUAAUUCCAUCAACCACGACAGAAACAGUUUCUACACCAACAGUGGAAACAUCAAGCACGACCACAGAACCAUCUGUUUCUUCAACAACAAUACCGACCACUACAAUAACUACUGUCAUUCCAUCAACCACGACAGAAACAGUUUCUACACCAACAGUGGAAACAUCAAGCACGACCACAGAACCAUCUGUUUCCUCAACAACAAUACCAACCACUACAAUAACUACUGUAGUUCCAUCAACCACGACAGAAACAGUUUCUACACCAAUAGUGGAAACAUCAAGCACGACCACAGAACCAUCUGUUUCUUCAACAACAAUACCGACCACUACAAUAACUACUGUCAUUCCAUCAACCACGACAGAAACAGUUUCUACACCAACAGUGGAAACAUCAAGCACGACCACAGAACCAUCUGUUUCCUCAACAACAAUACCAACCACUACAAUAACUACUGUAGUUCCAUCAACCACGACAGAAACAGUUUCUACACCAAUAGUGGAAACAUCAAGCACGACCACAGAACCAUCUGUUUCUUCAACAACAAUACAGACCACUACAAUAACUACUGUCAUUCCAUCAACCACGACAGAAACAGUUUCUACACCAACAGUGGAAACAUCAAGCACGACCACAGAACCAUCUGUUUCCUCAACAACAAUACCGACCACUACAAUAACUACUGUAAUUCCACCAACCACGACAGAAACAGCUUCUACACCAACAGUGGAAACAUCAAGCACGACCACAGAACCAUCUGUUUCUUCAACAACAAUACCAACCACUACAAUAACUACUGUCAUUCCAUCAACCACGACAGAAACAGUUUCUACACCAACAGUGGAAACAUCAAGCACGACCACAGAACCAUCUGUGUCUUCAACAACAAUACCGACCACGACAAUAACUACUGUCAUUUCACCAACCACGACAGUUUCUACACCAAGCACAAGUCCAUCAACUACAACACCACCUAUUUGCCAGCCUUGCCAUUGGUCAGAGUGGUUAAACAAAGACUAUCCCCUUAGUACACCUAAUGGAAAAGACAUUGAAUCUAUACCUACAUUUUGGAAAUCAGGAAACAUAAGUUGUGAGAAACCAAAAGAAAUUGAGUGCAGGGCCACAGAAUAUAAAGACCAGCCUUUAUCAGCCUUGGGUCAGAGCGUAACAUGUAACGUUGAUGUUGGUCUGAUUUGUAAUAACAAAGACCAAGAUGUAGGGCAUUGUUUCGAUUAUGAAAUACGGGUGAAAUGCUGCUCUGAUGAAAUCUGCACUUCAACUACACCAAAAACAAGCACAACCACAAUACCAUCUGUUUCUACAACAACAACAAUACUGACCACUACAAUAACUACAGUAAUUCCAUCAACCACGACAGAAACAGUUUCUACACCAACAGUGGAAACAUCAAGCACGACCACAGAACCAUCUGUUUCUUCAACAACAAUACCGACCACUACAAUAACUACUGUCAUUCCAUCAACCACGACAGAAACAGUUUCUACACCAACAGUGGAAACAUCAAGCACGACCACAGAACCAUCUGUUCCUUCAACAACAAUACCAACCACUACAAUAACUACUGUAGUUCCAUCAACCACGACAGAAACAGUUUCUACACCAACAGUGGAAACAUCGAGCACGACCACAGAACCAUCUGUUCCUUCAACAACAAUACCGACCACUACAAUAACUACUGUAGUUCCAUCAACCACGACAGAAACAGUUUCUACACCAAUAGUGGAAACAUCAAGCACAACCACAGAACCAUCUGUUUCUUCAACAACAAUACCGACCACUACAAUAACUACUGUAAUUCCAACAACCACAACAGAGACAGUUUCUACACCAACAGUGGAAACAUCAAGCACAACCACAGAACCAUCUGUUUCUUCAACAACAAUACCAACCACUACAAUAACUACUGUCAUUCCAUCAACCACGACAGAAACAGUUUCUACACCAACAGUGGAAACAUCAAGCACGACCACAGAACCAUCUGUGUCUUCAACAACAAUACCAACCACUACAAUAACUACUGUAGUUCCAUCAACCACGACAGAAACAGUUUCUACACCAACAGUGGAAACAUCGAGCACGACCACAGAACCAUCUGUUCCUUCAACAACAAUACCGACCACUACAAUAACUACUGUAGUUCCAUCAACCACGACAGAAACAGUUUCUACACCAAUAGUGGAAACAUCAAGCACAACCACAGAACCAUCUGUUUCUUCAACAACAAUACCGACCACUACAAUAACUACUGUCAUUCCAUCAACCACGACAGAAACAGUUUCUACACCAACAGUGGAAACAUCAAGCACGACCACAGAACCAUCUGUUCCUUCAACAACAAUACCAACCACUACAAUAACUACUGUAGUUCUGCCAACCACGACAGAAACAGUUUCUACACCAACAGUGGAAACAUCAAGCACGACCACAGAACCAUCUGUUCCUUCAACAACAAUACUAACCACUACAAUAACUACUGUAAUUCCACCAACCACGACAGAAACAGUUUCUACACCAAUAGUGGAAACAUCAAGCACGACCACAGAACCAUCUGUUUCUUCAACAACAAUACAGACCACUACAAUAACUACUGUCAUUCCAACAACCACGACAGAGACAGUUUCUACACCAACAGUGGAAACAUCAAGCACAGCCACAGAACCAUCUGUUACCUCAACAACAAUACCAACCACUACAAUAACUACUGUAGUUCCAACAACCACGACAGAAACAGUUUCUACACCAAUAGUGGAAACAUCAAGCACGACCACAGAACCAUCUGUUUCUUCAACAACAAUACAGACCACUACAAUAACUACUGUAAUUCCAACAACCACAACAGAGACAGUUUCUACACCAACAGUGGAAACAUCAAGCACAACCACAGAACCAUCUGUUACCUCAACAACAAUACCGACCACUACAAUAACUACUGUAAUUCCACCAACCACGACAGAAACAGUUUCUACAACAACAGUGGAAACAUCAAGCACGACCACAGAAACAUCUGUUUCUUCAACAACAAUACCGACCACUACAGUAACUACUGUCAUUCCACCAACCACGACAGCUUCAAAAGAAACAACAUUCUCUGUGCGCACAGCGACCCCAUCCACCCCAUUGACUCAUGCAAGCACACCUCAAGUCUGUGUCUGCAGCUACUUGGGCCAGGAUUUCCCCCAAGGGUCUGUCAUUUAUAACAAGACCGAUGGCACAGAAUGGUGUUACACUGCUUAUUGUGAUUCAAACUGUACUGUUGACAAGAAACCAGUGGAAUGCAAGUCUACCACUCCUGCUCCUUCUACACCAUAUACCACUAUUUAUACAUUAUCAUCUUCUACAGAAUCCCCUGUGGGUUGCCCAUACCUUGAUCCACCAAGAAAGAAUGGAGAAAGCUGGACGGAAAACUGUAAGGAUAAAAUAUGCAAAGAUGGCUCCGUUAUCUCAAAACCUGUGCAAUGUGUCAACUCAACUCUUACUAUGCCAGAGUGUCAAAAUGACCUCUCUCCUGUUAAGAUCUAUGAUAACACCGGAUGUUGCUAUCAGUAUCAAUGCCAAUGCAAAUGUUACGGUUGGGGAGAUCCACAUUAUGUCACUUUCGAUGGGAAUUAUUAUGCUUUCCAAGGAAACUGCACAUAUGUUUUGGUCCAGGAAAUCAUCAAGAAGUACAAUUUCUCUGUCCACAUCAAGAACUAUAUGUGUGACAUUGCCCAAAGUUUGGCUUGUCCUGAAUAUUUGACUAUAUACUAUAAAUCAUAUAAAAUCGAUUUGAAACAGACAAGAAACCCAACUAUGAAUACAAUAUUUGUAAACAAUGUGCAGAAGACCCCAGUUUACUCUAAUGCAGACUUCACCAUAACCACAACGGGUAUUGCGAUGACUCUAGAUAUUCCUGCUAUCCAAGCUCAGGUUACCUUCAAAGGCAUGAAUUUCGGAGUCAUCCUUCCAUUUUCCCUAUUCCACAAUAACACAGAAGGACAGUGUGGCAAAUGUGACAACAAUAGAUCAAAUGACUGCACACUGCCUAAUGGACAAAAAGCCCAGUCAUGUGAGGAAAUGGCUGCUAAGUGGCAAGUGAAUAACACAGAAUGCCCCACAACUCCCCCAUCUCCCACACCCAUACCCACAGAAAAGCCCCAAAUGACUACAACCAAACGUCCAUGUGAACCAGCCAUCUGCGCAAUUAUCUUGAGCGGAGUGUUUGAAAAGUGCCACAAAGUCCUUAGCCCAGAAAACUUCUACAAGGCAUGUUUAUAUGAUGUGUGCCACAUGACCAAUGGCACAGGUUGCUUCAGCCUGGAGAGUUAUGCCCGAAUGUGUGCGGAGGAAUCUAUAUGUGUGGACUGGAGGGGCUUAACUAAUGGACAGUGUGAACCCAACUGUCCCAAACAUAAAGUUUACAUGCCAUGUGGGCCAAAGGUGGAAGACACCUGCAAUUCAAAGUACAAUGAAAAGUUUAUAAAUUGUGACACUCAAGUGUGCCACGAUCAUUUCCGAGAAGGAUGCUUCUGCCCUAAUGGCACCACCCUCUUUGACACUGCUACAGAUAUAUGUACAGAGUUCUGUGGUUGUACAGGUCCUGAUGGACUGCCCAAGAAGCCGGGAGAUAAAUGGCACGUACAAUGUAAAGAGUGUACAUGCAGUAAAUAUUCCAUGGGUCCAGAGUGUCAACCAGUUCAGUGUCCAACCCCAGAGCACUGUAACAAAACAGGCUAUGAGCUUCAGACUGUGGACUGCUGUCAGAAGUGUGUGUGCAAACCUAGUUUGUGCCCCAGAGCCAUAGAAACAUGCCCAGUUGGAUUUGAGCUAGUACAAAACGAAACAGAUAGUGACUGUUGCAUCACUUUCUAUUGUAAACCCAAGCAUGUGUGUGUCUUCGGUAUAAAUGAGUAUUUGCCUGGCGAUAAAGUUCCAACAGGUUCCUGUGAAGUCUGUGUUUGUGGCUCAACUGUGAACGCCAGCUCUAACCUUCUUAAUAUAGAAUGCACUCCUAUGCCUUGCAACAGAACCUGCCCUGCGGGCUUUUCCUAUGAAGCUGUGCCAGGGCAGUGCUGUGGAAAGUGUGUACAACGACAGUGUGUAUAUAACAACACAGGUCCACCAAAUACUGUAACCACAAUUGAGGUUGGACAGAGCUGGACUCAUCCAAAUGAAUCGUGUGUGACCUUCAACUGCACUAAAGUCAACAAUGUCUUUGUCCUGGUGAAGAUACCCCCUUCAUGUCCUGAGUAUAAUCCAGAAGACUGCAUUCCUGGCACAGAGAAAACCACAUCAGAUGGAUGUUGCAAAACAUGUCAGCUGCAUAACUGCCGCAUGUUAAAGAACAGCACCUACUUGCAGGUUAAUGACUGUAUCUCCAUCCAGCCUGUGGAGGUAGCCUCCUGCUCCGGAUCCUGUGGCACCAGCUCAAUCUAUUCAAUGGCGGCGAACACCAUGAUGCACCGCUGUUCCUGCUGUCAGGAGCGCCGAAUGAGCAGCAAGGAAGUGCAGCUGCGCUGUGCUGACAAUAGCCUGAAACCAUACCAAUACACUUACGUCGAAGAGUGUGGCUGCCAUAUCACAGAGUGCAAAGACUAAAAUUAAUCUAAAUAAGAUUAAUUUUAAGAUUAAUUAAAUGAUUUAAUAUGAGCCUACAAGCCAGAUAUACACCUAAGUGCACAAAUUAAUACAACCAAAUUUGCUUAAGAUCAUUUGAAGACAAAAUGUUUACUAUUUACUAUGUCUUACUAACUCAAGCAAAAAAAAAAUUUCUCUGACUUCUCGCAGACUGUGGUUCUAAAACACUUCAUACUAACUAUCAUUAUAGCUUACAGAAUUUAAAUAGAGCAUGAAAUAUCAAAGGAUAUAAUUAAUUAACUCGUUUGUGUAAUGUCAGAAAUAUGUUUCAUGACAAGUACAUUGUAUGAUUCUGUUUGUAGGAGAACAGGGUUCUGUGUUUUGCCAUCCAGUUGAGGAUAUACAGGACAUAAACACUUUCCUUUCCUGCAUGCUUUGUCUUUCUCUGGUGUUGAUGGCUAUAAAUUCUUUCUUUUUAUAAUUAAUGACAAUAAUAAAAAUAAAUCACAUUGCAAGCAAAAAAAGUGUGCUGGCUCGUCUGUUAAUUAUG